AAGAGGGUGUCUUCCAUAGGAAAGGAACGUAGGAGAAGAGGCUUCGUCUCAGUGCGCGUUCAGCCGUUCUCUUUACUACUUGUCAUCGGUGAAUGCGUAUACGCGCUCAAAAAGAUAGGCGGGAACAUCGCGAACCUGAGCUUUUCAAUAUGAUUUUAAGUUACGUUUAAUCGAUAGGUAGCAUUCGCGAUAUGAUUGAAACGAAGUGAUCGGAAGAGAGGAGGAAACAGCUGAGAAGUAUGAAACGUCCGACGUCUCCUUUUUUUUCCCCCCUCUUGCAAUUUUUCCUCCUCAUUACAACAGUUAUCAUCGUCGCUAACGGCAAGACUGAGCUAAAAUCUAACGUGGAUAAUACUUCGAUUCUCGUUGCAAAGAACAGUGACGUUAACACGGCGAAUGACUCUUUGAAGCACGUGAGAGAUUCCGAUGAGAAAGGAAAAGAGGAGGAAGAAGAGGAGGAGGAAGAGGAAGAUGAUGGAGACGGCGAUGGAGACAACGAUGGAGACGAAGAAGAGAAGGAGGAGGAAGAUGUUUCGGGAGAGGUUGAGGAGGAUGAAUACGAAGGAGAGGAACGAAACGAAUAUGAGGAUGAAUUAAGGGCCUUAGCAGAAUCUCAUGAAGCAAUGUCAAAAGACGAAACGAAGGAUGAGACAAAAGAUGAAAGAACAAAUUCUAAUACGAACAAUUCUUCGACAGCGAAAAACUUUGAGUCGCAUGAAAAUGUCCUUGAAAAUAAAUCUGACGAAGACAUAGCUUCCAAUGAAGCUAUUACCGAUGAGCUACCAAAGAAACACGAAGACAAAGAGGUAGCAGAUUUGUUGAAGUAUAAAAAAGAAAAGGGCUUGCGAAAAAUAGAGGAAGAUGGUCUUAGAAAGAAAAAGAAAAAGCGAGUACCAACUGUGAAGAAAGAAUUGAGCACGCAGAAAGAGAUUCUUCUUGUUGGCAACGAGACACAAGUUUUAAAAAGUCUCGUACCUUCGGAAGAAACCUUUAAUGAUUUGAACGAGGAAACUGAUCAAGUGAAGAGAAGAGAUUUUGGAAGAAACGAGCGAGCAAAGGAUAAAAGAACGUCUAUCAUUCAAGAGGAUUCUUAUCGGAAUAUGUCCAACGAAAUGCCAGAAAAGUUUGAUAAUAAACAUGAUACUUCAGCGAAAAAUCUUAAAUCGUAUUUUUUAAAAAAAUGCAAAGCCGAGCAAGAGAAUAAAGAUAAAUUGCACGAAUUGAAGGAUCAGGAAGAUAACUUAGUGAAAUGUUUAUUGAAGUUUAAGGCGGAAUUAGUUGAAGAUUUGGAAUUAUGGGAUAAAGUACAACAGUUUUUAAUGAAAGUAAAGGCUGAUUUAAAUUAUUCGAAGAACAUACAAGAUAUUGAAAAGAGAAAUUACGAUGGACCAUUAACGAUCUCCGCUACGGUAACCGAGACAUCACAGGAUGAUUCUCAAAAGGAACGUAAGAAGGGAAAGAAGAAGAAGAAGAAGAAGAAGAUGAAGAAGAAAAAAAAGUUGCAAGAUCGCCGCUCAACAAAGACAACGACUCCGGAGAUAGGUACACUUCCGUCUACAAUGACGUCGACGACAACGACGACGACGAUAUCUCCGUCAACAACGACGUCUAUUCAAUGGCAAUUGUUAGCCGAGAAACUUUUUGGACCUCCUUGGCAAGAGAAAGUUCAGCCUGAAUCGGAUGACAUCGCUAAAAUUCGUUAUUCGGUCGAUUCGAAACCAAGAGCGAUUACUUCGUCGUCGAUUCGACGAUUUAUCGAUCAGCAGGAUGUAACAAAUAAUCGAAAGGAAUUAAAUGCGGAAAGGCAACCCUUGUUAUUGCAAAAAGCAUACAAAUUGUCAAGUAAAUCGAAUCCCUUUCCGUUCGAGAAAAUAAACACACAACGUAACAGAUUCGAUUCGCAAAUCGAUCGUUUAGGAGAAUAUGAAGGAUCGGAACAAGUCCUUCAACGUCUUCGAUUCGGUCAAAUAAUCCCACCACCUCGAGAUUUCUCUCGAGAAAAGGAUCAAGAGGAUUAUCAGGAUGAUGAUGGACAAAGGGAGGAAGAUAUAGUUCACAAUCGAGAAUACAGGCCGUCUAAUCAGAAUUAUGCAAUGAGCAGAAGUUGGCCGGAUAUACCUCUGAAGUAUAAUAAUCGGCCUUGGAAAGGAGACGGAUGGGAUGAAAGAGAUGAACGUACUAUGCCAUCGGGUUUACCGAAUGAAUGGUCUUGGAAACAACCGCAAUAUAAUAAUAAUUUCUGGCCGACUCGUAGUAGAACUUGGCCAUCGAUUAGAAACUAUUGGACGCCGUUAGAUAACGAUUAUGAAGAAGAAUCGGAUUUCGUAUCGAGAAAUCGGCUUGAUCGAAAUCGGCAAUGGAGAGAAUCACAAGAACGAAGACAAAGACAAAGGCAGGAACAGGAAGAGAAUGAAGACGAAGGACGUUUCUCAUACCCGUGGGAAUUAGAAGGGCCUAACGUUUGGCCAGGCUCACAAUCUUUACAAGUGAAACCGCCAUGGUCGCAAACGGAAAGUAAUCAAAUUUCUAAAACUCAUGAUAAUAUCGAACGAAAGACAGUGGAAACUCCAUUGUAUGCCAAAUCAGAUACCAAAUUCAGACCUUACGAAUCAUCGAAAUCAACGACCAAAAUGGCGAAACAAUAUGGUAAAAGUAAAGUUUCCUUACCGAAGAUUAGUAUGGCAACUUGGAACAGUUUGACCUCGGAUCCAGCGACUUGGCCGUACAGAUCCUCGGAUACGAAGCCAUGGCCGAAAGAUGAGAAUGGUAAAUCGUACAAUCCUAAUGCAGAUUUGGUUAAAAAAUUAGGCCUAGACAAAAAAGAGGGUACGAUUUGGCCGAAAGAGGAAACUGUGAAGACUUAUAAGAUAUCGAACGAUCAAUGGAAUCCCUUACAAACAAAUUCAAAGAAUUCGUCAAAUCAGGAAAAAGAAUCCAUUGCAAAGUACAAGCUUCCAAAGGAUAGAUUUGAUUUUGGUAUUUACAAUGCCAAAUCAAAAAAUAUGAAAGAUUGGAGGAAAUCUCGAUCCGAAGAAAUUCGUCGAUUCGGACCGUUAAAUGAUGACAUUAAUAACUGGUAUCGUGACAACGAACCAAAAACAAUAUGGUCCACGAAAGAAGCUUUAAAUUCUAAUUUACCAAAGAUACAAUCAGUUGGUGCCUGGGUCAUGCCUCCUGAUAAAUCUACGUGGAUGCCCUAUCGAUUUGAACCUCAAAAUGAUCCUUUCAACGAGAAUCCUACUGGACCUACGAUCCGUCGUUGGUUUGAAUCGAACGGAAGUAGCAGCUCGAUUCCAACUUACGCAAAACAUAUCAACGAAGUUGAAUUAUGGUCUCCAAGAUCCAAAAAUGUCAAUCUUUGGAAUAAAGAAUACGAUUUAACGCAAGACGAAUCUAAUAUUUCCGAUCGUGGAUCGUUAAAAUCGAAUAAAGUUAUUGAUUGGCCAUCCAAGUUUGAAAACGAUUAUUCGAACAAAGAGAAUUAUGCUUUGUGGAAUCGGAAACGUAGCUUUGACAAAGGCCAACCUGAAAACGUUGAUUUAGGAAAAGGUAAUCACGAUGUUUCCUCUGGAUCUUUGAAAGUAAAUGAGACGAAUAUCGGAAUAGAUAAUUCUAAGGAGACUUUAUCGUUACAUAAAUCAAACAACUGGAACAACACUUAUGAAAGAACUAACUCAUGGCCUUCGAAAUGGAAACAAUUUAGUUAUCAUAGAGUUACUACUCUGCCAAUCUCGAAACCAGGGACGAUAUCGAAUUUCUCGGCAAAAUCGAGAAACGCUUUUGUUGCUGUUUCCGCGGUUGCAUCGCCUAAAUACACGAUAUCGAAAAACGAUAUCGUAGAAUCUCAAAAUAAUCGAAAUGAUCUUUUAGAAAAACAAUUGGAGGAUCUUAGACAACAGAAUUUAUGGAGUUUAAAAGCGAACGCUAUCGAGGAAUCUAUACGAUCACUGAGUCCGAUAGAAAGAAGAUUGACGAUUGGAUCGACGAUUGAACCAACAUUAACAAAUAUCACGAAUUUCACGUCCAUGGUACACCGUCCGGAAGAAGAGCUUCCGAAAUCUGGAAAUAAAGAAUACCAGAUGCAUAAUAAAUAAUCAAAUAAUGUGGAGACCCCGCGAGAAUUUUAUUUGUUUUUGUAAGAACUUGAUCUAUAUAUAUAUAGACGAGAAGUUUAAUUAAAUUCUUAAAUAGUUUCCAAGGAUGAUAUUUUGAAACAAAUUUAAUUUUUUAGAUUUCGUUGCUUUGCGUUAAAAUGGACGAGGUUAAUUUAUCUUUCUUCUUAACAUACUUUUUAAUUAUCAAUUUAUAUAUUUUAAUCUUUUCACUUAUUUUAAAAUAUGUAGCUUUGUCAUAUAUAUAUAUAUAUAUAUAUAUAUAUAUAUAUAUAUAUAUAUGUAUAUAUAUUUGAUUUUAUUACAUAUAUCAAUUUUUUGUAAAUGAGCUUCUUUAGAUACAGAUUACGAUACCGACAGCUCGUGGCUUAUCAUAAAAUUAUGAGAAAAAACGACAGGGUCUCGGCACAAAUUAAUUGAACGAAAACGUUAACCGUAAGAAAUGAUUAGAAUAAAUCCUAUCAUUCCCAUUCCAUUCGAUUCGAUAUAGACUCAACUUAACUCUUCAACAUUCCUUUUUACUCGACUCGAUUAAUCUUACCUAGCUUUUACAUCGUAAAUUUCAUGUAUUAACGGUCCUAUAUUCGUAAAAAACUUUUCGGAAUAAUAAUUUUCAUCUAACAAUUUCUACUAUAUGAAAUCAGAAAUAUCGAAUGAUGUUAUGACUUUAUAAACUAUAAAAGUUUUUAAGCAUGAAAUACUAUGAAAGAUAUCAAAAUGAUAUUAACGUAUAUUAAAGGUCAUCGAGAAGUGAUGUGUAUAUACGUAUAGGUACAUAUAAUAUAAACAGAAGAUAAAUAUCAAAUAGAAAAAAAGGAAAGAAAUAUAAAAAAAGGAAAAAUAUUACGAUUCAAUGUUUGAUCAAAAAUAGUUGUACGCACAACAGUAUAGGUAUCUACAUAUACAUAUACAUAUGCAUAUAUAUAUAUGUAUAUAUAUUUAAUUGUUAGAAAAGUUGAAGUCUUGUUGUGCUGAUUUAUGUUAAUAUCUAAUCCAAAAGACUCUGGAAUGAUUUCCGUUCAGAUACGCGGAUUCUGUGUAUAUAUAUAUAUAUAUAUAUAUAUAUAUAUAUAUAUAUAUAUAUAUAUACAGGCAUGUAUAUGCAUCUAUAUACAUACAACGUAUAUGUCUAAGUAUAUAUGGAGGAUAUAUACGUUAAUAAUUAACAUUCUCAUGGGCUUUCCGAGCAUUGGCUCGACGUGAUCGAAUAUGCACGAUCUUAAAUAUUUGUCAACAAACAGUAGAUCGUAGUUUGAUCGAUAUUUUUAAUCCUCGAAUGAUCUAUAUAAUACUUAGCACAAAAAAAAAAAAACAAAAAAGCGUAAUAUAUUAAGAAAUAUUUCUAACGUGAAAGUGAAAGAAUCGUAAUAUGUCGGACACGUUUCAAAUAUCCACACGAGUUUCGAAUGCUCGAUGAAAAAAGAAAAAAAAAUAUAUAUAUAUAUAAAAUAUAUAUAUAUCUUUCUCCCCCCCCUCUCUCUCUCUCUCUCACUUCCCUCCUCCCCCUACCUCCUGUAUGUACGUAUGUUCGUAGGAUUUUCUGUUAUCAAAUCUGUAUUUUAAUUCGUUUAAGGAGACAAAAGCGAGAAUAAAUGUCAUACGUUGUAUAUUCUUCAUGGCA